AUGUCGCCAUCGAGCGCAUCAGCCGCUGCAACAAAGACACGUGGGACACUAGUUCAGGAGCGGACCGCCGACGCUUUCCGCAGCGCCAGCGGCACUCCUCGCAGCACCAAAUCGCCCCUGGAAAGAUUUGCUUCUUCACGCACCCCGAUGUCGGUCAUUAUGGAGCCGCCUGGGCUGUUGUGGGGAAAUGAAAUUUCGAAUUGUCGUCGAGUUAAGGGAAUUGCGAAUGGCUACUUUCGGCUCUCACAGAUCAACAUGGGAGCUGUGCGCCGUGAUCCAGCCGCAUGA